CAUUGACGGAUUUUGCGCCUUGAUUGCUAUUCGUAUAGAAGAUAAAUAUGCCAUACGCAUCCCGCUAACUUCAAAAUGCAAGGACGCAUGCUGAUUUCGGCCCUUUCGCGGGGCUCUGGGCCCUUGGCUCGUCGCGCAUUUCAGCCGUUUCUAAAAUGCAAUGCUCUCCACCAACCUCGAUUCCAACCAAUUAAUUGUCGGUCGCUCUCAACUUUGCCAAACCUACCUCUUUUCCAAGCUCUCCGAGAUCACGACCAAUCUAGUCUUGCUGUCGUUCACAGCGCAUCGUCCCGCUCCUUUACCUACGGCAAUCUCGUUGCCGAUGUCGUCCGUGCAAAGGAAAGACUCCUUGAGUGUGCCAAAGGCCAGCAAGAUGGGCUUGCGGGAGAGAGAAUUGCAUUUCUGGCGGAGAAUAGCUACGAUUACGUAGUGACUCUCCUUUCCAUUCUUGCUAGCGAUGCGAUCGCCUUACCCCUCUCCCCGGCCUUCCCUGUCGGCGAAUUGAAGUAUAUCAUGGAUAAUUCCCAGGCCAAAGUUCUCAUUGCUACCGAAAAGUAUGCGACCAAGGCACAUGAUAUCUUGAAGGCGGGUCUUGAACGAGAGCCUAUUCUAGAAGUCAUGGAGAAGAUUACAACCGGGGCAAGCAGUUUGGACCAAAUAAACUUGCAGGACAUCGUGCAGGAGUCUCGUGGCGGAAUGAUGCUAUAUACCUCAGGUACCACCAAUAGGCCGAAAGGUGUGUUGAUCCCGCAAUCAGCACUUACGGCGCAAGCAGCGUCCUUGCUGGAGGCAUGGAAAUAUUCUCCGGAUGACCGGUUACUUCAUCUUCUUCCGCUGCAUCAUAUCCAUGGGGCUAUCAAUGCCAUUGUAACGCCCAUUCUGGCUGGCUCGUCUAUUGAAUUUAUGUUCCCUUUCAACACAGAUGCUGUGUGGAAGAGGCUUGCGGCUCCCUUUUUACCCGCAUCCUCAGCGAGCAAGAUUACUUUCCUUACAGCUGUCCCAACGAUCUACAACCGACUCUUAUCCUCUUUCCCCGGCCUGUCCCCUGAAGUGCAAGCGGCAGCGAAGAAAGGGAUUGCACCCGAGAAUCUACGUCUGAAUAUCUCUGGAUCGGCAGCUUUGCCGACUCCUACUAAGCAAGCGUGGCAGGAUCUCAGCAAUGGCAAUGUCCUUCUGGAGCGUUUUGGAAUGACUGAAGUCGGUAUGGCUAUCAGCUGCGGCCUCGACUUCGCCGAUCGGGUUGAUGGUAGUGUCGGGUGGGCAUUGCCGUCUGUGGAGGCUAGACUUGUGGAUACGGAGACAAACGAAGUUAUACAGCCUGGAGAGGAAUACGAUGCGAAUGGACGCGAGCGUGAAGGUGAAAUCCAGCUCCGUGGCCCUACUAUUUUCCGGGAGUAUUGGGCCAAUGAGAAAGCCACAAAAGAAGCGUUUGUCGACAGUGAUGAUGGUAAGAGCAAAUGGUUCAAGACUGGGGACGUUGCCACGCGCCGAGUAGUCGAGCAUGCUGGGAAAGGAACAAGUGGAGAUUGGGCACAAGGACCUAUGUAUUUCAUUCAAGGCCGACUGAGCGUGGAUAUCAUCAAGACCGGUGGAGAAAAGGUCAGCGCAUUGGAGGUGGAAAGAGAGCUGCUGUCCCUCCCUCAAGUUAGCGAAGCAGCUGUGGUGGGACUUCCAUCUGAGCAGUGGGGCCAGAAGGUCGCUGCAGUGGUCGUUCUCGACGCAGAAAAGGCUGCGAAUACUGGUCGCAAUGGCAAGCCAUGGGGCGCUCUUGACAUGCGACGUGCCCUUAAGGAUCGCCUUGCAAGCUAUAAGAUGCCCCAGGAGAUGAAGGUUCUCAACAGACCGAUCCCAAGGAACGCAAUGGGCAAAGUGAACAAAAAGACACUUGUCAAGGAGGUCUUUGGAAUCUAAUCGCAUAUGGACUGUCAGCACUGUACUAUAU